AUCCAUACAGGUUUACAGCAUCAAAUAAUUUGGCCUUGUCAGCCAAGCUGUGUCCCACUGGAUGAAAAACUCCUGCCUGAGUUGCUUAAAGAAGCAGGCUAUGUUACGCACAUGGUGGGGAAGUGGCAUCUAGGAAUGUACAGAAAAGAAUGUCUUCCUACCUAUAGAGGAUUUGAUACUUACUUUGGCUACCUUCUUGGAAGUGAAGAUUAUUAUUCUCACGAGCGCUGCGUGCCUAUUGUGUCUAAAAAUGUGACCAGAUGUGCCCUUGAUUUUCGAGAUGGAGAAAAAAUUGCCGAGGGAUUUAAAAAUAUGUAUUCUACUAACAUAUUUACAAAAAGAACUCUUGAUCUUAUAGCAAGUCAUCAGACUGAGAAGCCAUUAUUUCUUUACGUUGCCCUACAAUCUGUCCAUGAGCCCCUUCAAGUACCUGAAAAAUACAUAGAGCCAUAUUCUUUUAUCAAAGAUGAAAAGAGACGCAAAUAUGCUGGAAUGGUUUCCAUAAUGGAUGAAGCUGUAGGAAAUAUCACUUCUGCCCUGAAGAGAUAUGGCCUUUGGAAUAAUACCAUUCUCAUCUUUUCUACAGAUAAUGGAGGCCAAACUCUGGGAGGUGGAAACAACUGGCCCUUAAGAGGAAGAAAGUGGACAUUAUGGGAAGGAGGAGUGAGAGGAGUUGGAUUCGUUGCCAGUCCUUUAUUGAAACGGAAAGGAGUCGAAAGCCAUGACCUGAUCCACAUUUCUGAUUGGCUGCCAACUUUGGUGAAGCUUGCUGGAGGACAUUCCAAUGGCACAAAGCCUUUAGAUGGCUCUGAUGUCUGGAAAACAAUCAGCGAAGGAAAACCAUCACCCAGGAAGGAGAUACUUCAUAACAUAGAUCCAAUUUUCGUGGAUCCAUCUCCAUGUACUGUCAACAGCCACAAAAUUUCAUCACAGAAUAAUUAUUUUUCAUGGGAAGAUUCCAUUUUCAAUACCUCCAUACAUGCUGCAAUUCGACAUGGAAAAUGGAAACUACUCACAGGCAAUCCUGGCUGCAGCCAUUGGUUUCCACCACCGUCUUUAUUCAAUGAGUCAGAUACUUUGUCAUUAGAUCCAUCCACAAAGAAGCUUUGGCUGUUUGAUGUUGUUCAUGAUGCUGAAGAAAGAAAUGAUUUGUCAGAACAAUAUCCUGACAUUGUGAAAAAACUGCUGUUGCGACUCCGGCACUACCAGAACAACUCUGUCCCUGUGUUCUACCCAGACGAAGAUCCGCGCUGUGAUCCAUCUGGACAAGAUGCUUGGGGGCCUUGGUUGUAGGAACUUGCACAACAGACAUUAUUAUGUCAUGCAGUGGGGUUGAAAAAUGGUUUGCCAUUCUCCAUUUGUAUACAUCAGAUGUACC